AACUCCCUCCCCCCUGAGGCGACAGAUUCCGGCGGAAGAGCACUACUGUCUAAUACAAAUCCUGGACAAGAGGCUGUCAGACUACGUUGCUCCGUUUGCGGUGACACAAUAGACAGUAAAACAUACUAGGGACAUGGGGUAAGAUGAACCAGUGUGGAAGUUGAGACACUCGCCUUGUAUCAGGGCUUUGUCAUGUGAGCAAGCAUAAUGGAAGUGCAUAUCAUACCCAGCCAUCAGUAAAUGAUAGAAACACAGAGGAUAAGUGGACAACUAUCAUGCCACGAAACUAUAUUCGCAAAACCGACUGGGGCUCAGUGACCUACGAGGAGCUGGAGAAAGCGUUCGUUGAGGUAAAGCGUGGGAAAUCGAUCCGAACAGUGGCGAAAGAAAGAAAGAUUGGCAGAUCCACACUGCAGAGAUACAUGAAGAAGGCUGAAGAAAGAAGAGAGAGAACUGUGGGCUACAGAGGAACGGCAGAAGCCAAAAGGGUUUUCUCUGAAGAACUGGAGGAAGAGCUUGCAGAAAACAUCCGCAUAAUGUCUGAACGCGUACACGGCCUCACAACAAAGAAAUGCAGAGAAAUCGCUUUUGAAUUCGCACAAAAAUACAACAUUCCUGUCCCCAACAACUGGGGAGAGCAGAGGUUAGCAGGUCGAGACUGGCUGAGUAGCUUCAUAAACCGCCACAAUCUCUACGGCCAUAUUACUGAAGCAGCGUCUUUGGGAAGUCAUGAACAGGGCAUCCGUUUAAGUCUUGUCAACCAUGAUGAAAUCAAGUCAGAAGUCAUAGAGGAGAGUGAUGUCCCUACCCUGAUCCAUGAUGCUUCAGAAGAGGAGAGCAACAAAAUCUGUCAUCCAGACCUGUUAGACGCUCACAUAUUUCUAACAUGAUGUUAUAUGAUGAAGCAAAAGGGGUGAGAAACUUUGUGAUGCUUAAUCUGGUUACAUGUUGGUUUAUGGAUAAACUAAAAAACGCUGUAAGAACAGUUUUCAAAUUUCACAAUUACAAGUAACGGAUUGAAUUAAACGUAUAGCAGGGUUCAUACAGUCAUGGAAAACCUGGAAAAGUCAUGGAAUUCUGACAUGGCAUUUUCCACGCCUGGAAUAGUUCUGGAAAAACAGAAAAACCCACAAAGUUUUGGAAAUAUUUGUUAGUUGUCUUUAAUUCUUUUCUGUCCUUGGCCAAUCACAUACACUCUCAUAAAAAAGGUACGGGAACCGUCACUGGGGCUGUACCUUUUCAAAAGGUACCAAUUUGUACCUGAGGGGCCCAUAAUGGUACCUCAAAAGAACUUUUUAAGUACAGUUGGGUACUAAUAUGUACCUUUGAGAUACUACUGUUGACUCCUUGGGUACACAUAUGUAUCUUUUGACAAGGUACUGCCCCAGUGACUUGUGUACUUUCACAUUAAUAGUGCGGUGUAAGCAUUAGCUAAAUUUUACGUAGAUAUAAAUAUAUAUUGGGAGUCAAGGUGGCGCAGUGGGUAGAACGUUCGCCUCGCAGCAACAAGGUCGCUGGUUCGAGCCUCGUCUGGGUCAGUUGGCGUUUCUGUGUGGAGUUUGUAUGUUCUUCCAGUGUUGGCGUGGGUUUCCUCCGGGUGCUCCCACAAGUCCAAAGACAUGUGGUAUAGGUGAAUUGGGUAAGCUAAAAGUGUCUGUAGUAUAUGUGUGUGAAUGAGUGUGUAUGGAUGUUUCCCAGUGAUGGGUUGCAGCUGCAAAGGCAUCCGCUGCCUAAAACAUAUGCUGGAUAAGUUGGCAGUUCAUUCCGCUGUGGCGACCCCAGAUUAAAAAAGGGACAAAGCAGAAAAGAAAAUUAAUAUAUGAAUAAAUAAAUAUAAAUUAAAACUAAAUAGAUUGUUGCAUGUAAUACAUUUUAAAAUGUAUUGUUUUUUUUUUACCACGCAUAUGUAGGCAUUGCAUGAAACAUUCGGUCAUAAAAAUUUACUUGAAAGUCUUGAAAAAAAUCAUGGAAAAGUCAUGGAAUUUUGGCAGAUAAAAUGUGUAUGAACCCUGGUAUAGGAAAUAGUACGUAAUAGUUAAUCUGUUUAAAACUUUAUAAAACAACUUUUACAGU